AAACAUGUGACUCGACUCGAGUUUAAGUUCUUGUUUUCGGUCAAAUUCGAUCUGAAGUCGAAUUUUGAUUCAUUUGCAAUCAGGAUGUGUGAAAAAUGAAAUGAAAACCGAAAAUGUAUUUUUUUUUUCUUUCUAAGUUAUUAAUCUUAUUAUUUUCGUAUUUCAGCUGAAAAGCACUAGAAGGAGCACGUGCUCGAUCGCCACCGCAUAGAUUAUGACGACUGACUGAAGAUCGCGAAGCUCAGCCAUACGUAUAUACAAACGCACGCAUGCGUGCGGGUGUGUGCGCGCCUGAAGAAGCUCCACAGUUGGUAAUGGCGGACGAGCCUCUGCCCACCCGUUGGUCCUUUCAGGAAUUUAAGUUGUUUUAUGAUUCCAAGUUUGGGAGGAAGAAGGAGGCCCAAGCAGAAGAGUCUUCUGCAAAUGGCCAAACAUCAUAUAAUGGGGAUCAUUCGAAUGGGAUAUCAAAUGGGAGUCAGCAUGUGAAGAAUGCAUCUGACUUGGCUAUCUUUGAACAAUUUAGUAACCAGAAUCGAGGGAAUUCGAUGCAGUCUAAUGGAGCUUCGUUGGUGGGUGCAGAUGAAAAGCCGCACAAAUCUUUACUUCCACCUUUUGAGUCAGCUGAAGUGCGUGCUUUGGCAGAAAGUUUGUGUAGAGAUAUCAUUCGAGGUAGUCCAGAUGUUAAAUGGGAAAGCAUAAAAGGAUUAGAUAAUGCCAAACGGCUACUCAAAGAGGCUGUUGUCAUGCCAAUUAAGUACCCAAAGUAUUUCACUGGUCUUUUAACACCAUGGAAAGGCAUUCUCCUUUUUGGGCCACCUGGAACUGGAAAGACUAUGCUGGCAAAAGCUGUUGCAACUGAGUGCAAAACCACAUUUUUCAACAUUUCUGCAUCAUCAAUUGUCAGCAAAUGGAGGGGCGAUUCUGAAAAAUUGGUAAAAGUAUUGUUUGAGCUUGCUAGGCAUCAUGCACCAUCAACUAUAUUUUUGGAUGAAAUUGAUGCCAUUAUCAGCCAGCGAGGUGAAGGCCGCAGUGAACAUGAAGCAAGUAGGCGUUUGAAGACUGAGCUGCUUAUACAGAUGGAUGGCUUGACAAAAACAGAUGAACUCGUUUUUGUUCUGGCAGCAACCAACCUACCGUGGGAGCUAGAUGCAGCCAUGCUUAGGCGUCUCGAAAAGCGGAUCCUCGUGCCUCUUCCAGAAGCAGAAGCAAGAAAAGCCAUGUUCGAGGAAUUGUUGCCGUCAGAUUUCGAGGAGGAACUUCCUUAUGAUUUGAUGGUGGAGAAAACGGAAGGCUACUCAGGUUCAGAUCUUCGCCUACUAUGUAAAGAAGCUGCAAUGCAGCCACUGAGACGAUUAAUGGCGAAUCUUGAGGCAAAAAAAGAACUGGUGCCUGAGGAUGAGUUGCCGAAGGUUGGACCAAUCACGCGUGGCGACAUUGAGGUGGCACUGAAGAACACUAGGCCUUCGGCUCAUCUCCAUGCACAUCGUUAUGAGAAAUUCAAUGCGGACUAUGGCAGCCAAAUACUCCAGUGAAGGCUCGUUAAGUCGUUAUAUUGGUCAACUUCGAGCGAUAAAUUCGAGCUGCUUUAAAUGUGUGUGUGUGUGUGUAUGUUUACCACCAUCUUAUGAUUUGUCAGGUCCCUAAAUGACAUUUUCUACUGUACCAUUAUUUGGAGGGAAAAGAAGUAACAUCGAAUCAUGUUAUUCAUUAAUAUGUCAGAACUAUGUGUACUCUAAUGAAGGCAGAUGCAGCUUUAAGUAGUCUAUUUUUUGGUUUUUGCAUAAGA